AUGUAUAACUACCCCACUCACCCGGCUGCGUCACCUACGAACACAGCAUCAUCAUCGGGACAUUCUGAACAAUCGGCUGUAUCAACCUUGUGGAGCACAGAUGCAAGGCAAACACAGAGUUCUGUCCUGCACAGUUCUCAUGCUCGGCCCCCACAUACUCCUUCAAGAUACGUUGCACUGUCUACUCAGUAUGUGUACGCUGCACCACAACGAACACCAAUGUUAGCUCAACGCAGGAGAGUCUCCAUCGUUGAGUACAGAGGCAUUGUAAUCUAUGACAAAUUCGUGCGUCCGACCCAUCAAAUCGAAGACUUCCGUCCAUCUGUUACCGGACUUCUUGCGGAGCAUUUGUCAACUUCUGAAGCCCUGUAUAUCGUUAGACAAGAAGUCUCUGCUCUGCUCAGGGACAAAACCAUCGUCGGCCAUUCGCUAUGGAUGCAUUUCUCUCUUCUCGGAAUAACUCAUCCUGCGAUUCACACUCGCGAUGUUGCGUUGUACCUCCCGUUCCAUCGUUCCAUCCGUUCGUCCACGGUCACGCCUCUCAAGUCGCUCGUCUCGCAUCUUAUGCGGAGAAAGAUUGGGCGGUCACACGAACAUCCACUGGAAGAAGCCCGCGCUGCUCUAGAUCUAUUCCGUUCGUACGAAGAGCCUUGGGAGGACGAGAUUCGCGGAGGUGGAUGGCCAAGUGCACUUCCACCGUCCUCGUAUAGUCGCUUCUUCUCUUAG